AGCAGCAGGUCAAGAAAAGCUCUGCCCCUAGUUGGUUCCUCCAGCACUUGCACCAGGAAAUUUCUUGCUGUCCCCUGGACUCAUAUCAUGUCCUCUCAUUGGUCUCCUCUCUAAGCCAUUGGGCCUUUCCACCCAAUCCCACCCCCUGGGCCUUGGCAGGGCUGGAGCUGUGCAGCUCCCCUCUCAGGUGGGAGCUCUCCCCAGCCCCUCUGGGCAGCGCUGGCUGAGCCCAAGACCCACUGGAAGUGGCUGCAUCCCCUCUGAUAAGGACCUGCUGGCGGCCAGGGCUGACGGGGCGGAAGCACGUCAACCAGGCUGGGCUGUUCGCAGUGGCCUGCCUGGAGCAUUCGAUCCCUGCCAGGCAGAGGAGGAGGAACGCCAGGACAAUGGCUGGAGCUCAGGGACUGUGGCUGCCGCUGCCUCCCCUCUGGCUCUGGUGCUGGGUCCAGGUGCUGCUGGCUCCCCCAGGGCCGUGGCCAGUGCGGGCCUUCAACUUGCACUCGGACCGUCCCACCAUCUAUGCUGGGCCCAACGACAGCUACUUCGGCUUCGCCAUGGACUUCUUCCAGGGCAGUAAGGGCAGCAUGAGUGUGGUGGUGGGCGCACCCCGGGCCAACACCUCGCAGCCUGGCGUGGUGGAGGCCGGAGCCGUGUACUUGUGCCCCUGGGCGCCUGGCGGGACCCCCUGCAGCAUCAUAGAGUUUGAUACCAAAGGGGACCAGGCCCAGAGCAUGGGAUUCCUCCAGCUGAAGACCUACAAGUCUCACCAGUGGUUCGGGGCGUCCGUGAGCAGCUGGGACGGCAACGUUGUGGCCUGCGCCCCCCUGCAGCACUGGAAUGCCUUCGAGGGCGAGGCCCAGGCUACCCAGACACCCGUGGGCACCUGCUUCGUGGCCACCGAUGGCCUGAGCCGCUUCGCCGAAUACGCGCCCUGCCGCUGCCAUCACAUGGAUGCCAUAUACGAGCACAGCCUCAACGACAAGCGGUACUGUGAGGUGGGCUUCAGCGCCACCAUCACCCACGCUGGCAGGCUGGUGCUGGGUGCCCCGGGAGGAUACUACUUUGCGGGGCUGAUCUACUCGGUCAAUCUGUCGGCAGUCGUGUCCCAAGUCCCCAGCAGCGCCCUGCUCUGGUCCGUGUUCCCGGAGCAGGUCACGGAGAACAUGUACGGAGAUUAUGAGGGCGCCUACAGAGGGUACUCAGUGGCCGUGGGGGAGUUCGACGGGGACCCCGCCACGCCAGAGUAUGUCGUGGGCGUCCCCAACAAGAGAGUGACCUUGGGGGUGGUCGAGAUUUUCAGCGCUAGGAAGUCUCUGGCGCUGGUACAGAGCAUCCAGAGUGAGCAGGUGGCGUCGUACUUUGGUCACACGGUGGCUGUUGCUGAUGUAAAUGGCGAUGGGAAGGACGACAUCUUGGUGGGAGCGCCGCUCUACAUGGAGCAGCACUCCGACCGCAAGCUCUAUGAGGUGGGGUGCAUCUACCUGUACCUGCAGCGCCGGGGUCCCCACCCCUACAGACACCCCUGGCAGACCAUGACCGGCACCGAGGUCUACGGCCGCUUCGGCACAGCCAUCGCUCCUGCGGGGGAUCUGGACCAGGACGGCUACGUCGAUGUGGCGGUGGGGGCUCCGUUUGUCGGGAGCGGCCGUGUGCUCAUCUUCAGAGGGUACAGCGAGGGGCUCCGCACGCCGGCCUCGCAGGUCCUGGAGAGCCCCUUCCCUGGCCGUGCCGCCUUCGGCUUCUCCGUGCGCGGUGCCACCGACAUCGACUCCAACGGGUACCCAGAUGUGCUGGUUGGGGCGUUUGGCGCCAGCAAGGUGGCUGUGUACAGAGCCCAGCCCGUCGUGGUGGCCAGUAGCCAGCUGUUAGUGCCAGAUGUGCUGAACCCUGAGGAGAAGACCUGCACUGCCCACAGGACCCUUGUCAGCUGCUUCCCCAUCCAGCUGUGCGUGGGCAUCAAGGGGAAGAGCCUCCCGGAGAGAAUAAGGCUGGCCGCUGACCUGCAGCUGGACCGGCUGAAGCCCACGUCGGGGCGAAGGGUCUGGGAGCUGCAGACACACCAGGCGGGCCUCAGACUGGAGCUGCAGCUAUCGAGGGAGGCGCCACUCACCUGCCAGAAUCUCACAGCCUACCUGCGGGACGAGGCUGAUUUCAAGGACAAGCUGAGCCCCAUCGUCGUGAGCCUGGCGCUGACCCUGGCAGCUGGGCCGGGCACCGAGGAGCUGGGACUGGUGCUCUACGGGCAGACGGUGGUUCAGGAGCAGACAAGAAUCGUGCUGGACUGCGGCGAGGACAACGUCUGCAUCCCAAAGCUACAGCUUGCCGCCCACACGCCCGUGGCCCAGCUGUUCAUCGGGGCCGAGAACGUGGUUCACAUCCUGGCCGACGCCACCAAUGCGGGCGAAGGCGCCUUCGAGGCCGAGCUGCGGCUGCAGCUGCCACGCGACGCCCACUAUCAGAAAGCCACCAGCAAUGUCCAGGGGCUGGAGAAGUUGAUCUGUAACCUCAAGAAGGAGAACGAGACACGUGUGGUGAUCUGCGAGCUGGGGAACCCCAUGAAGAGCGGGACCAAGAUCGCUGUGGACGUGGCACUCAGCAUCAGUAACCUGGAGGACGCUGGUGACACCAUUGAGUUCCAGCUGCAGCUGUGGAGCAAGAAUAGCCGCAGCCCCCACAGCAACGUGGAGCGGGUGCAGAUCCCCAUCAAGGUCGCCGCGCUGCUGGACCUGCGAGGGAAUUCGCUGCCAGCCACCAUGGUGCUGCCAGUGGCAGGCUGGGAACUGGCGGAGGGCAGCCGCCGGCUGGAGGACCACGGGCCCAAGGUGGAGCACGUCUAUCAGCUGCACAACCAGGGCCCUGGCACCGUGAGCCAAGCAGAGCUGCGGGUGGAGUUCCCGAACCAGUUCCAGGGCGACUUCUUGCUGUACAUGAUGAAGCUCAACACAGAGGGGAGGAUCAACUGCUCCAGCCCCACAGGACUCAACCCUCUGGGGCUGGAGGGCCAGAAAUCAACGGCCUCCCCUGAUCACAACAUGAGCUACCAGCCCGCCCACAGGCGAGAGCGACGGGAGGCGGACAAGGCCGAGGCAGGCCCAGCCACUCUCAGGGAGCCCACCCUGGUGAACUGCAGCAGCCAACCCUGUGUGGCCGUGCUGUGCAAGGUGGAGAUGCUGGAGAGGGACCAGCGGGCCAUGGUGACUGUCCACUCCGUCCUGUGGAUGCAGAGCGUCGGGAAGCGGCCCCAUGACCAGUUCAUCAUCCAGUCGCAGGCCUGGUUCAACGUCUCCGCCAUGCCCUACCGCAUCCAGCCUGAACUGCUGCCCAGCGGACACGCCACGGCCCACACGGAGGUGGUGCGGGUGAGCCCGGAUGCGGAGAAGGAGAUCCCCACCUGGUGGGUCGUGCUGGCUGUGCUGGCCGGGCUCCUGCUCCUGGCCCUCUUCAUCUGCGCCCUGUGGAAGAUGGGGUUUUUCAAGAGAACCCGGCCGCCCAUGGACGACCAGGAGGAGCUAACGAGUGAUGAGACGGGGGAGCCAUGCACCGGGAAGGGCCAGUAGGGGGCACCCCCCAACUGGUCCCCUCCUUGCACUCCUGUCACUACCUCCUGCAAGUGCAGCCCAUGCCUGGGGCCUGUCCCUCAGUAGCAAGGAGAAGCAGAGCUAAUGCCUACGCCAGCCAGACGGACAGACAGCUCCUGCCCCCCCCCCCCCCCGCUCCUCCUGUAGUGCGCACCCUGCCCCUCGCCAGCUGGAGCUCCCCAGCCCACAGCGAUCUCCCCUCCCAGCCAAGAGCAGGUAUGGGCAGGGCUGGCCAGAGGAAAGUGCCCCCCCCCCCGCCAUGCCUGGCUGGGAUCUCAGUCCUGCCCCCUGGCACUCAAGGGGGCGCUGAGACAGCAUCACAGAAUCCCAGGCCAGAAGGGGCCGUUGGAUCAGCUCGUCUGCCCUGUACAGCCCAGGCGCCCGGUGCUGAGCCCAGAGCCGGCAGAGACCAGGAGAGACCGAGCAGGGAAUUGACGAGGAGACAGAUCUACCUCCAAGGCUUCAGAGGAAGUUGGAAACCCCCUGAGGUCCCUGCCCAUCUGCCCUGGGGGAAAUGCCCCAGACGGGGCAGAGCAGUUGGCCCCGGAGCCUGCUGCCCAGCUCUCACAGCCGGGUGCCCUGUGAGCGCUGCCUCUCCUUAGCACCACAUGUUGAUUUCCACCUAGGGGGGUCAAACAGCUGCUGAGGCCCCACCCUUGGAGGGCAGAGCACCAAGCCCCUCGCUGCACCUUUGGGGGAGACAGGGGGGCCUCUCCCAUCCCCACCCACUGCUCCUGCAUCACAGGCCCCCUCCUGGCCAUGGAAUUGUAGCCUCCCUCCUGCUUCCUGCUGUGCAAUAAACGAGCUCCCAGCACCCUGUGCAGAGCGUCCUU